CCAUAAUUCCAUGCACCAACUGCAUGUUUUGAAUUUUAAAACAACCGAUUAUCCGUGCUGAUUAACAGUCAUUCAUUCUCUAUCAGGAAACAUGCAAGUGUUUUUUUGCGAACUCUUUAACAGCUUUGGAUUUUCUCAUAUCACUCUCCCAUAUAUAACUAAGAACAAACAUUGCAAUCUACCCGGGUAAAUGGGUAGUUUUGUAGUUAAUGGCUCUACGUACCAUUCAUUGGCCAGAGGAUACGUCCUAGCAAGAAUCUAUUGAAUAGACAUUGGAAAGGAAAGGAAUUUUUUCAAUAUAUCCCAAGCUCGGAAUCUACGGAUGUGUAAAAGCUGUAUUGGAAUCUCUGUGAAAGUCGUAAAAAAUAAGAAUAUUGGAUUAUGUGUGUUUUAACUUGGACAUUGUUUUUAUCCCCCGGGCGCUUAUUACAGCGUUCAAGUAUUCUAAUAUAAGAAAAACUACAAAGUUUAAUAUUGAACUAAGUGUGAGGGCAAACAAGCAACUGGGAUCCAUUAAGGAAAGACAUUAAGCCUUUUGUAUUUCAGGGCUAGUUUAACUUUGUGUGCUCUGUGAUUCUAGAGGUGUAGUCGCCUGAUAAGUGUAUUCCAGUCAUGGAUUAAAGGAGGAUACCAACAAAAUAGAAAAGAAAAAUCCUGUUUUGCCAUUAAGGCCAAGGAUACUUGUGAAAAAAAGGAACCUUUUGUUCUUUGGAGCUUAUAGUUAUACGGAGGUUUAUUUGGAUAUUUUUUUUAUUAAGCCACCCGCAGAGGGAAUUUCGGUUUUCACAAUGUCGAGUUUGAUGGAAAGAUAUAAAACUUUUAAAAGGCCUUCAUCUGGAGAGCUUAUAGAUCUUCAUGUGUACAUAGUCCCACCAGAGAUUUGGAGAGAAAGAUAUAACAACUUGUUAAAUCAGAAUGUUACAGAGACAAUCUCAGCGGGAAUCAUAAGGGUACACCCAGAGCGUUUUGUGUACGAUCUCCGCAAUGAGUUGGAGCAGCAGGUGGGAGAGGAUAUGCUCCCUCGAGACUACGUGUUCCUUAAAAGUGUGGGUCGCAGUAUAACCAGGUUAAAACAAAAACAAGAAUACCAGUUAAAAGCAAAGCAUUUUAUCCCUCCUCAGGCCUAUGCCCCAGAGUUGUAUUUAUUGGAGAUCAGUCCAGACGACCAGGGAAGUAGCAGGACUUCAACCCGGCCGCAUUCUCCAUUUUCUCAAAACCAUGAAAGUGAAGAUGAACGUCGCUCGGGCAACAAAUCUAAACAUAGGCAUAAUGACUCAUCCCCAUAUCGCUACUCCCCCCUCCCCAAAAUUAAGUCGGGACACAGUCCCACGCAUAACAGGGGUGAAUACAAUCACAAUGGCGACAUAAGAACAGAAAAUGGUCGGUUAUCAGACUCCUGGGGCUCCAAUAGAGACAAACGCACCCCACCCCCUCCCCAAAAUGUGCCAAGAACCCCUCCACACCCCAAAGCCUCUAGGGAUCAGACCCCUCGUGAACACACUUCUCGGGGGGAGUCCCAUAGGGCUCCUCCUCCUAGGUCUUCCCCUACUCCAACAGAUCACAGGAAGCGGGCUGACCAGAGCCGGGAACCAGUUUCAGGGACCUACACUAACCACACCAACGAAGAUUCAGGGAUUAAUGUCAACUCUCCAGAGGACCACUUCGAUGCACUAGACAGAAGGAAACAUGAUGAGGAUAGAAAUAAUGACCUCAACCGCCGUCUUCAUCCUGACAACGAAGAUGACCACCACAGAAAUGGUGAUAUUAGUGAUGAUGAGUGGGAGCGAAGACGUCGAGAGGAAGAGGAGAGAAGGCGGAGAGAAAGUGAAGAACGCAGAAUGAAAGAGGAUGAGGAUCGGAGAAAAGAAGAGGAAGAACGGCGUCGUCUGGAGGAAGAGAGAGAGAGGAUAUCAAAGCAACAGUUAACAGGUUCAGAUGAGGCCACCAGGAAUCAAACAGAAGAUACACCUCUUUCACUAUAUGAUGAACCUUACGUUAAUGACAUUCAAAAUCAAGGAAACAAGUCCAUUUUAAAAGACUCCAAUGUAGUGGUCCAAAUCAAUGAUGAAAUUCAUGGUAAACUGACCCCAAGGGUCAUAGUUCAUGUCAACAGUGGCUCAAGCAAUAGAACAGUUGAAGAGGAGAGUUACCGUAGAAACCGGCUAAAGGUUGGAGACACUGGCUACAACAGUGACUGGGAUAGCAGAAGUUACCGUAGUGAUGGGUACCUCUCUGACGCCAGUGUUCAAAGAAACAGACCUCCAGUUAACGAUAAGACUUUUGUUUCUUCCGACGAACAGUCUAGAGCUCAAAGCAAAACUGACAGGCAGUCUGUUGCUAACAGAACUGAUAAUGCAAAUCAGAAUGGUUCUCUGAAAAAGGAUGAUACCUUUGAUGAAUAUGGAAGCAGAAAUGGAAGACCAUCGGCUGAAAGAAGCAGAAGUCGAAAGGAAGUCUCCUGGUCAGAUGGUCAAAAACAGAAUGAUAAAAAUGGCACAUCUUCUAAAGAUAAAGUAGGAAACUCUGACCAAAACAAGGAUGACCAGAAGGCCCCUCCUACAAUAGUAACUCAACCAGCAAGUUCGGAAGCUAGUCAGAGGCCUCCUAAAGACAACCCUGUCCAUGGGACAGAUCUGCCCCUGAAUUCUGUCACUGAAGAAGUUCACAGUGGAUCUAGUCAACCAAAUCACAGAUUGAAUGGGUCGGCCUCUCUUGAUGCCAGGAGCAAGGUCGGCACCGAGUCCUCUUUUGAGAAAUCUGAAGCUGAUACGAUGAUUUCCAAUGUCAACAGCGGGUAUCAAGGAGAUGUCAGUGACAUUGGGCCUGAUGAAAAAACAGAAUAUCGCAAGAAAAAUUUAAAGGACCUCAACAGAUUCCCUUCCCCACCUCCUCUACAAAUGGACUCGAAUCAGGGUCAAGAAACCGAGUCAUCAAAGCAAAACAAAAAGGCAGAAAAAGCUGUGACCAAGCCCCCUUUUUCUAAACAAGAGACAAAACAGGAAAUAAAAGAGCGGCUAAUGAAAGAAUUAGAAGCAGCUCGCGAAGCCAGGAGGGCUGUAGAAAAACAAAGAGAAGAGCUCGUGAAAAAGGCCAAGUUGAUGCAAACAAAAACACAGAACAGAAGGAACCAUGACAUGAUGAAUGUUUUUGAUGCCAGGGAUUUGUGGAAGAAGCGCUACUUUGAAGAAAAGAAGAAGACCCCGCCACUGGAAGAGCAGUGUAAUAGACUACGACACGAACUAGAUAUCAUUCAUAGGAAAUUAAUGAACACCUUGGAAGGGCCUUCGAAAGAGAAGUCCACAAGACUCGGCGACUUGAAACCUUCCCAAAAGAAUAACUAUAAAAUACAAGCGACGAGGUUAACUCAUGAAAUUGAUGACAUGAGGCGCAGACUCGAAAAUGCCAAGAUGAAACUGACAGCUGAGAUGAAGCUACGCAAUCAGGCAGAAACGGAACUUCGAGCAUUGCGAGCGGAAUUAACUCAGCAGAAAAUCCAGCUGACUUUGGCACGAAGCCAGCAGAUGGCCAAAUUGACCCCAACCACGCAUGAUUCACGUCUGGAUUCACGUCUGUUGACCUCCUCGUAUUCGUAGCAAUUUCUUGUUGAUAUAAGAUACAUUUUAUAUUGAUAUUAUUGUAAAAAAAAAAAAAGUAAUAUAUGUUCAACUUUAUGAAUGUAGAAAAGAAAACUAGUUUUAUGCCAUCUUGUACAUUGCAAGAAUUGUAACAAUUUAAUAUUGAUGUCUAGGCUACAAGAUGUACAUAUUAUAAACAGUUGUAGCAUCAAUUAAGACAUAUCUUAUUAAUAAAUGAUUAGAUGGAAGUUUGCAUGGUUAGUUUGACAAUGGUCAAUAGUUUUGAACGGUUCUUUAGAAAUAUUGACCUUUACAUGCACACUCUGGGUUUACAGCUUUAAGAAUGAUUCAAUUUUUUUUUUUUUAAAUAAUACACUUAAGUUUAUUUUUAAUUAUUCAAUUUUUUUAAAAACCCUUUCAGUAUAAAGGGGUAUUAAGAUUCUUCAUGUAUUUAUGCUGAUCCUUUUUGUAUUCUUUAUACUGUAUGAAUUAAAAUCAUUUCAAUGCUGAAUUUUUUUUCCAUGCAUCCACAAUUAAUGGAAACUUAAUACAUACAUCUAUGUACAUGAAAUUGAGUUUUGUUUAUGUUGAAAACAAUCUACUUUCUCUCUUAUGUUGUAAUACCCUUUUAAAUUCAUGUGUGUAACCACAUCUCUUCAAUCCAUUUACCGUAAUUCUGUUAAUGCAUGUACACUAGAAUGAGAGUCUGCAUGUGUAUAUUAAUCAAUUAUGAUUUUCUGUUUUGUUUUUUGAUUGUUAAUUUUGUUUCAUACGUCUUGUCAGCUGUUGAUCUGUGAUAUUUCCAUCAAUUUCUGUGAUUCAUUUACUUACACUGUAGACUGUACCAUAUCUACAUGUAUUUAUAUUUAUCUUCAAUCUUACAUGUUGUUUGGGAUGAGUGUCAUAUCAUAUUGUGUUAUAUUCUAUUUUAUUUUUUUGGUGUUUCUUUACAAUUAAUCAAGAUAUUCUUAUUAAUGAAAAAAUAUUAAUUUAUAACAAUAUUCUUUAGUUUCUUUUUUUUUUCGUUCCUUGAGAGAUCAAUUCAUGCAUUAAAAAAAACUAGUAUUAUAUACAGGAUAUUUUACAAAUUCACUGUGAUUUUUGUUACAUGUUGAAAUCUGCAAAUCAUCAAGACCACCUUUAUUUUUUUUACGUUAUGAGAGACUUUACAUUCGUAUAUGUACAUGUAGUUUAAUUUUGUAUGCUCUGUAUUGUUUUAAAAGCUUUGUGUAUCUCUGAAUCAGUAUUUCCACCUUCUGUCUUUUAUAACUUAUUUAUUUACCAUCCUGUCCAAUUCUGUAUAUUAUUUAUAUAACUAAGGACAGUAUUUGGUACAUGGAACCCCAAAAGUUCUUUUGUCAUAUUGAAUAAAUCUUUUAAAAAGAAUUGAAA